UUGUAGCGAGAAUAUAUAAGUUAAAAUAUUGUUUUUUUAGCAGCAAACCCUUUUGUGCUGUGUUUUGAAUUGUGUAACUAUAAGUAGAUUCGGCUGAUCGAAGAAUAGCCAAAUUAGUUUAUAGUUCUUAAAUUUUAGUCAAGAUUAUUUUUACGUGUAGUUGGAAGCUUAUAGUUAUUUUUAGAAAUGUAGACCGGGAAAUUCGCACAACACAAAGUUUAACAUUGUCCGGUGAUGUUUAAUAGCUCCACAUACACUAUUUAAUCAUUUCAAUAGAUAAUUAUUUGCAGAAAUUUUGAGGCCAUGCUUUUGUGUGAAAAUGCACUAUACAAAUUUGAUCGGUCAUGAACGUGUCAUUACUGUAAAGUAUCAUAAUAGCAAAAACGAAAAUGGAGUUAUUGAUCAUCAGCCGUAGUUAUUGCUAUUUGAUUAUUCUAAAUUAUUUGCUUAUUGAAGCUUGGAAUUUUGCGCCUUUAAGUUAGGUGUUUCGAAGUUCCAGUCUGGAAGUAGACUGCCAUGAAAGGCCUUGUUGGGGUAACUCCGCAAUUAGGUCUCUGGUGACCAUUGUGUGAAUGUUCCUCAACUCGCGUUAAGUUUGCAACCUUGUGGAAUAAGUUUCACCGAGUAAGAUUCCAAGACUUCCGGAGUUGCGCGAAUUUAAGUUAACUGCCUAUUCUUACCAAAAUCCUGCAUCUCUCUAGCAUUCUCUUCACAUAUAUUACACAUCAUGCUUACAAAUAGUAAACAAUUUUUUUGCAAUGCUCUUAUACAUUAUUUGAACACAUUAGCUUAAGUAUUUACCUCUUAUAUUCAUAAAUAGGAAUGGCCGAACGUGAUAAUGACAUCCUCGAUAUUGGACAGGGUGAAGUUCAACCUCCGAUACCUCCUAGGCAAAAUCGUGUUAAUCAAGGAGCCCCACUUCAAUUUCUCCGAGCACCACCUUUGUUAAGAAUGGAUAAUGACUUAGAGUUAUACAUCCGGCGUUUCCAGAGCUAUGUCGAUAGUAUCGGAGCUAGAGAUAACGAGAUACCUCACAUUCUCAUAAAUUGCUUAUCGGAUGAGUGUCUACUCGCGGUGGAGAGGCAUAUAAGACCAGAGAUCACCUUUGAGGAAUUGUUGAUAGUGCUCAGGAGAGAAUUAGGGAUCGGAGGAGGAAAUAGGGAAGAGUCGAAGUCUUUACUGAGGAAGACCCUGCGCCAACGUAAUGAGUCUGUGAGAGCCUUCUAUAUUAAAUUGUACAACAUUGCUAAGAAGGCCUACCCCGGAGACGAGUUAGUACUUGUGAGGGACAAUGCACUAAGAGAUAGCUUCAUAAAUAACAUACAGGAGGCCAAUAUCAGUGCCAGACUUAGAGAAACACCUGAGCUACAAAAUGAACAACUUUUAGAGAGGGCAGACCUUCUCAUCAACUGCAAAAACGCUUCCCUAUCUAGGACCCAAGCUGUCAACGCUGUGGAUACAGCCAUCACACCGGACAUUAAUGACACGACCAAUAAGUUAAACACUAUUAUAGAUUUACUAUCUGUUAAUGCAAUCAGCCAAGUCGCACCACGUGAAGUUCAGCCUGUAAACCCAAAUACCGAUACUCCCGCUUACAAUAAUGGCCUCAACCUCCCAUACAAUUACCAAGGAUCACGUGUAAGCAUCGGACUACCUAACAUAAAUUACUAUGGACAACAGUCCAACAACUUUGACAACAUGGCUUUCAGCAGCCAAGAUGCACGCUACAAUGACCACUACAAUGACCACGAGGACAAUGACUUUAAUUAUAGGUUGGGAAGAGGGAUGAGCUCCUUAUAAUCCCAGCCUGUAACAGGGGGAGGCGGAUCCGCGAGGAUCCGGGGACACGUUAAACAAGUCUAUAGUGCUGGAGAGGAAACUGAAGGCUCCCGUGUCUAACGAAGUGUGAAUUAACACACUGCCUUGGUACCCUCUAGUCGGCCGUGUUUUCGGGCUACCUGGUGUUCAGUACCUGGAGCUUGUCACCCCCAGGACUGGACAUACGUCCCCAGGCAAGUGGAACACGGUGGUACGUGGACGACAGUCCACACCUAGCUAGUAUCUUAUCUUUUUGAACCCCACAAAGGUGGAAAAUUACCCAGAAAGGGAGUAAAUAAAAAUUUGGAAGAUAAGAUCUAGUGAACAGGCAAGGCAAGAGAAAACGGUCAAAGUUCAUAGUUGUGACAGCUAAGUCCUCUAUGGGUAAGACCGUCGGUGGAACCUAGGAGUGCCAAUCCCACUUACUGGUCAUCCAUCGCUACAGACUGGGUCCCUUGCCGGUAGGUUCACAUAUGCGUAACAUCCUUUUAUCUAAAAGGUUGCGUGAUCUGCUCAAUGUACAGUCGGGCCUACAUAAGCUAAAAGCGACUUGGUCUUUAUGAUCGUCCAGUUAGUAAGCGAAUGUAGCUGUUGUGAUCAAGGGGAUUAAAAAGUGAACCUUGGGAAGCAAUGGGCAGUUCUUUAAACUGCGGAAAUGGGGUCAGCUCAGACUGCGCCUGGUUACACAUAAUGAUUAAGUAAGAAUAAAUAAGUAAGUAAGGGUGCAUAAAAAUGAAAGUUAUGAUUGAAUAGAAGCAGUUGAAAUGUAACAGGAGGUCGAAGACCAGAAGUGGUAUAUUUCUUUCUUUUUUUUUCUUUUAUUAAAAAAUUAAUUUAUUGAAGCUUGUGGCAACAAGUCUGUAUAUUUUAAUCAUGACACACCAACAUUUAUACCAGAUUCCUGGAAAUCCUUUAAUUCCUGAUAAUGGCAUUAGUGGCUCUAAAUUUCUUAGAAAUUCCGAAAUUCUCUGUGCAAAUUUGAUUAGUGUGUUGAUUCCUAGAAAUCCAGAUCCACCCGUUAUAUUAAAAUUUAUUAAACCUUAUGCACAAGGAUUUAGAGAUUUGUUUUUUUUAAAAGAUAGUUAAGUUUUUCUAAUGUAAGUUUUUUUAAAGGUAAAAGGAAAGGGCAUUAUUUUAUAAAGUUCUUAAAUUAUAGAUGGGGUUGUUAUGACGGGGACGUCCUAAAAUCGAUCGGGGACAUGUUAGGGACGUGUGUAGUACCUCAGAACUAGAAGUUAAGUUGAACCCCAGUAUGCUGCGUUUAAUUCCAGUUUAAUUCCUUGGCAUUAGGUUUCAUAAAGAUGAAUUAAGUGAUCACUUAUAUGAUUAAGAUCUGAUUCGAGAGGUUUGCAGAACACUGCAGCCAUUGGUCAGAAAGGACAUUUAGUGUUAUUAGAAUUAUUUACAAAGAAAUUAUUGUAUUAAUAGAGUUAUUGAAUUCAUCAAUUAGUGGAACAAUAUUUUAACCAGUUUUUAAAAACCUGUAUUUGUAUUAUUAAACCUGUUUGUUUGCAAUAACCUGUUUGCAAUAACCUGUUUGUUUGCAACUCUCCUGGAUAACGCGUGGACCGCCUCUUCCACUGGAGCUCCUCUUCCACAGAACACCUAGACUACAAAAGAUGAACACACAAGAUUCUCAGGGCCGUCUGCCUUUAGCCUUUUCCCGAACGCCUCUCCUAUGAUUGGUUUUCUCUACACGGCCCGGGUGUUAGUAUGCUGCGCUCUCUCCCACGUCACUAGUUUCAUAAAUAGAAGUCACCAGAACAUUGCAAUUGGUUCCCGUCACUUCCGUAAAUUCCCGCUAAGCUAGGAAGUUUGUUGCUCGAGGUAAUAUUGUGGUGAGCCUAUCCUACCUGGUUGCUUGUCCUAACCUUAGCAGCACCUACAUUAUUACCUCGACAUUCCCCUCCCACGGAUUCUGCCCUCGUUGGCAGCAUUGAAGGAACGUAGCCAUGAUAUAGCAGCUACCUGUCCAUCGUCCAGAGAGAGAGUCAGCCAGCCCGUUAUAAUACACACCAGUUCCCAUUGAUCACCCAGCUACCCAACUGAUUUAGGGUAACGGACUUUACCAUGAGAUUGAACACUUAUUUUAUGUACGAUUGGAUUGGUCUUGCAUUAUUUUACAGUCCUUAA